GUAGUGACGGUGGCCCAUCAUUUCGCUCUCGGAAACGGUGGCUCUCGGAAGUGGCUGCCUGCUGUUGUGUGAGCUGCUGCCGUACAGAAUAGCGAACGCGUCUACGAAAACGGCGAGCUUUUUUCCCGAAGGCGGAGGUUGGUCGCGGAGCUGCUGGAGAGUGAUUGAAAGGGUGUAAUAUCUUCCCACCUGUUGUAACGCGCGGCUAAUAAGCUGUCAGCAAACGCAGCCCAAAUCGAUCGUGUCUGGCACGUGUCGAGUGAGUGUGCGUGUGUGUUUGUUUGGUGGAGUUUUGAAUUAACGGUUCAAACACAGGAGAAAUCUUAGUGUGCCGUGGCAAACUAGUUGCGGGCGCUUUUGAAGCAAAGGAAAGGAACAGUGCGCGCAUACCCGACCGGGUGUGUGUGGGUUUACUCGAUACGUGAUCGUGGUGUGCUAAGCGACGGAGAAGCAGCGGCAGUGGCCAAAGCAAGAUGAAUAAGUGUACGGUGGGAAAACUGUUGAUCUGCUUACUGAUUGCGUUCAUUGCGGGAGCGCACGGUGCCAGCAACUAUCUGUACGAGUCCGAGGAGCGGUACCCAGUGCCCGCCUCAAACCUGCUCGAAGAUGACGUCGAGGAUAGCGAUCGAACGAGCCUCACGGACGAUGGGGUGCUAGAAAACUAUUUGCAAGGAGGAGGUGCUUCCAAACGAUCAUCCCUGAUCCAGGUGUACCGAAGGGGAUGCAUCCCAAGAGGUGGCAACUGCGAUCAUCGGUCCAACGACUGCUGCCACAACAGCUCCUGCCGAUGCAACCUUUGGGGCUCCAACUGUCGCUGUCAACGCAUGGGCCUGUUCCAGAAAUGGGGAUGAGCGCUGAACGAGCUAGACCACUAAGAUCUUUCCAUUUUUUUGCUUUCUUCCCAAUCAUUUCCCGAUCCUCAUUUCACAUUUGAAAUAGUAGUCAAAUCUUUUUGAAGAAACUGUAUUUCCUAUCUUACAUUGACGAUUCUGUUCAAUUUAGUAGACACUUAUUAUUUAUCCUCCCAGUAUCCAGUGAUUGGUUUUUGUAUUGGCUUCAGUUAAAUAAUUUCAAUCUUUGCUCCCAAAACGGAUACCGAUAUCAGAACCAUAGCAAACGAUUUAUCGGAAAAACGCGCAAUUCUAUCACGACACGGAACAGAGACAAUGGGAGAGAAAAAAAAAAUAACACGAACAGGAACAUCUGAUCACGGAACAUGGCAAAAACUAACAUUUACCGACGCAUUGUAUGAAAAACAAACGCGCAAUGUUGUAUUGCAAACCACACAAAUUACUUCCUAGCUGCUCUGAUGGUGAAAUUAAGGAUUUUAUAUAAAGAAGCAAAACCAAAUACAUUUAUAUAUAUACAAACCCCCCUAUACAUAUAUAUUAUAUAUAUACACACGUACACAUAAAGCAUCCCUAAAGCAUACGUUUUACGAUUCCGCACACACACACAGUGCUAGCUCCUCUGCUAGCACAUUCCCAUACACACGCACCUGAUGGCGUGUGUGUGUGCGUGUGUAUGUACACGGGUGUGUACGGGAACAGGGCCGUACGGCACAGACACACUCCGAAGUGGCUCCUUGGGCGGUGCCAAAUACGUUCCAUUGCGCCGCUCCAUACGAAUGAAGUGUCCAACUGGUUCAACUGGUUCAAGAACAAACCCUGCAGCAACCCUGCAGCAAACACCCGCAUAAACCCCGCUCGUUUCUUCGUUGUCUGUCCUUCAUACUUCCAAACGCACUUCACAGACAGAUGGUCGGACUGACUCUGGUGUGGUGUGACUGCGGUGACUGGCGAGAUCGGGGAUGACGAAACUAACUACACAUUACAGAGUUACUGUUUUAGGAUUAGGAUGGGUGGACAAGGUGUUACAUGAAAAUCACCAGGCAGGUUAACUGCCGUUGCCAUUGCUAUUAAUCAUGAUAAAGAUAAACGUUUUUAAUAGGAGAAAUCAAACCCCCUCCCUUAAACAAGCUCUCAAAAGCUUCUCGAUGUGUGUGAGUGUCCAAAGAUAAUAGAAUUAAAUGAGAAAAGCGAUUCCUAUCUUGGUUUAGUUCAUUUUCGUACAAUCAUUACGUUUGUAAGGAAUAAAUACCAUUCCAUUCUAGUAAAUCGCUUGGCGAAAAAUGUAUUGUUUGUGUACUUCCACUGAAAACACCAUCAUUCAAAUCAGAACGUUUCUUUUAAAGAUCUUCAAACAUCACUUGCAAAAGAAGCUUUCCAUUGUUGUUUAAUCUUUGUGUCAAUAAGAGAAAGAGAUGGGUGGCAAAAAGACUUAAAGAAAACGAUCCAAUUAGACACAGUGCACAAAAUGACAAGAUCAAUUGUACAAGUUUUUUUUCUGUCCAGGGAGAGGAGAAGAUACCGAGAAAGGUUGCACUAGCAAAUAUGCACAGUCGAGCAGGGUACGGACACAGCACUAGAUUGGGAUGGGGGACAGAAACUAGCAUUAUGAUGUAAAACAAAUACCAAAUAGUAAGUUUUCGCCCCCAUUGGCACUAGAUACAAGGCACAAGCCGAAAUGAUGGAAACUUUUCAUUCAGUUGCAUAUAAAAAUACGCAUACAUAUUUAACGCCAUUAUCUAUGUGCAGUAUAAUUGUACAACCAUCCAUGCGUGGUACGAAUACUUUGGAGCUACUUAAUGUGGUCUCCUGUGAGCGUCCUAGUGCCCAGCCACACACAAUAACACAACAGCACAGGUUAGGCGCACACGUAAGGCGAAAGAUUCAGAGAAUGGUCGAGCAGUUGGAGGAAGAUUGAGCCGCAAACUCCAUCAAAGUACGCUCUGGGUUGGGUUGCAAAGGUGGCGCAAGAAGCGAACCUGCGCAACCGCCCAUACCUAACUGCUCGAAAUCUCAUCUUGGCAGCUAAUUAGCUCGAAUGGUGCGAACAACAAAAAAAGGCUCACCAAAAAGGUUUACCGCAAUUGUUGUCUGUGGUGUGGUGAAGUGUGUUUUUAUGCUCCAAAAACGGACUGACGGCAAAAGUCCGACCGGUGUGUAGUGGGACGUUCGUGCAAGCCUGCUUAUUGCUGUGUCUCUGCCACAUGCACCACCGGUCAACCGGUGCACACACACACGAUGGCGAGAGGUGGACCGUUUCCCAGCCUUUCAAACAAACGAUAGUAAAAUUCAUCUCUCUCCACCGUUUGGAGGAUACGGCGAUUGCAAUCGAUUUGUGCGGUAGCUUAAAAUCCCCACCACCAGGGGGAGCAACACUCUUCCCAGCUGUGGCAUGCCCUUUGCGCGUGGAACCUUUUGCGUGUAAGCCUUUUUGUUUAUUGAUACCAAAGUUUGCAUUUUUUAUCCAAUCGGUAAGCAUCUAGAACACUAGCAGUUAUUGUAUUGUAGUUGCUGGACGAAUUGUAAUUAUUCCCACCUCCAUCCUUCUCAUCCCCCAUAUACAUACAUACAUACAUACAUAUAUGUAUAGAUCGGAACGAUCCAACUAGUGUCAUUGAAGUCCUUGCCGUAUUUAAACAAAAGAAACUCUGAGUAAGCUUCACGAGACUUUACAACACGCAAGCUCUGUAACGAGUGUGUCCUGAUGAUGAAGAUGUGUGAGUCUUUUUGUUUGAAAAUCUUACGUUAAUGGUCCGUUAUUUUUCGAUGCCCAUUCCGCACUGGCUGGGCAGCGGUGCGUCGUGCGCCCAAAGCAAAGAAUCGCUUGGGAAGAGAUCAGGAGCAUGAUGAAACAAGACAAGAUAAAUAAAAGAAGGAUAAAACACACUGUAAAGAGAGAAGGGAAUAGUACAAGGGGAUAGCGAGGGAGGAGAGAGAGAGAGAGAGUAUGAUGUGGACAAUGAAAAAUGAACAAAUAAAACAAUAUACAAACAAACCAAUGCAAAGUUAA